AUUUGUAAUUAUGUACUAUUUAAAUCAUUGUUAUUCUGUUAUUUCCUUCAAGUCCAAGGACUUCCCUCCAAGUCCAUUUGACCUGUUUAUAUAUAAACGUGUUACAGUUGCGAAAUAUCCGUUAGUUUCAAAAUAAAGUACAAAUGAACGACUUCUAAAUUGAGUGUAGUGAGAAUUUCAUUUGAAAUUUUAAAAAUUGGUUAAUUAUGAUGGAAUUCUCUUAGAAUUAAAAAAUAAUGGCAUCUUCAUCAUCAGUGAACAAAAAUCAUCCACAAACAUCGACGCCGAUAGCAUACACGAAAGAUAAUUCAAAAAUACUACCUCGAAAAUUGUGGCAGACGAAAAAUGCAAAACCGGAAUUUGAAAAUGACAAUUCGAACAUGUAUAGGAAUUUGGAUAAAGAUGAGAAAUGGGAUAUGAUCGAAUCUCCGCAAUUUGUAGAUUUUACGAAUCCACCUGAUAUAGAAGAUUCGUUUUUCAAUAAAUCCACUGCAGUUGUGAGCAUGCAAAAUUCGACUUUUGCAAACACAGAAUAUCCAAAUACAACUCCAAAUGACAAUACAUUGAUUGUAUCUUUCAAUGAUCUCUCUUUGUCCAGUAUAAAAUAUGACGAUGCUGAUGAUGAAAAAACAUGCGUAAACGAUAAUUUACAGAAACAGGAAACAGAAGAAUAUGUAGUUCAUAGUAAUAAUAUUAAACUGGAACCUGAAAUUAAUACUAAAAUUUGUAAUAAAGUGAAAAAGGAAGUAUAUCCAUUCACUUUCGAUUUACGGGACCAAGAAAAACAGAAGCAAAAGGAAGAACAUCUCAAAAAAUUACUAGAAGAAGAGACUAAAGUGAGAAUAUUUCGGGCAAAUCCACUGCCUAACUUUAUAAAAUCUCGAACUAAAACUAUUAAUAAUCGUCGUAAUAACAAUGAGAAGAAAAACGAAGAAAAUAAACUAAUAAAUGAUAAAAAUAAGCCAACGAGUAAUAACUUAAAUCAAAAAGUACAAGAAUCUGAUAAUUGCGACAAGCAAAGUGGAAAGAAUAUCGAAGUGUGGAAGAAACCACCAUUUGUACCACGUUUGGCGAAAAGAAUGUUGCAAUUGCCAAAAACCCCACCUUUGCAUACAGUGACUCGAGCUCAAGAAAGAAAACAGUUUGAUGACACUGUGAAAGAAAAAGAAAGACUGAGAGAAGAAAAGAGACAAAUGGAAAUUGCUGCUAAAAAAAAGCAAGAAGAGGAAGAAAUUUCUCUGCUAAGAAAAAGAACUGUUCAUAAAGCCCAACCGAUUCCUAAAUAUAAAUCAAAUUUACCAAAAGUUGAGAAACGACCAUUAACUGACCCUGUAAGUCCACUAGUAAUGAAACGGCGCCGCUGUACAUAAAUAUUUAAAAUUAAAACUUGGAAGCAGUAGUAUUAAUAACUCUAUAUUCAGUAUUUUUCUUUUCACUCCCUAUUCUGCAG